AAUAAAAUGAAUGUAUGUUCUAAUUUUACAUUGUCAUUGACAGGUGGUUUUUAAGAGUGUAGAAAUUGUGGAAGAGAAAAAAAAUUUCAUCGUCUUGACUUUGAAAAUAAUAACAUUGAAUAUGUCUAAAAGGCUAGUAACAAUAAUGCUGGUAUUAGUAAUUAAUAUUUCCAUUAGCAAAAUUCUAAUAAGAAAAACUUUAAUAGAUUGCUGCAUAAAAAUAAGUGGAAGAAGAUGAUUUUAGAGCCAAAGCCUGUAAUAACUUUGUAUUAGCCUUAAUUGGAUAAUUUCAAUAAUGUGGUAAUUGCAAAAUAGAGAAAAAAUAUCAUAAACUUGAUACAUCAGGCUAAAUAGCUUAUUAAUCCAAGUCUUAAGUAGUUCAACCAGCUUAAUAGACUUAGUAAUAAAAAAAAACUACUGCUAUAGCUGGUAUUAUAUAUUUAUAUGUUGUUUUGUAGAAGUUGUUUAAGAAACCAUGAUGGUGUCAUCUGUAAAAGAUAGGAUUGCUUAAAUGAAUAAAAAAGUUUCAAGUACAAAUGAACCACAAUUCAGACCAAGUGUGAAAAGAGAGGAAGUCUAAGAAAAGAUACCUGGAUAAGCAGAAAUAGUAACAGAAUAAGUUUUCACAUCAGUGUCAGAUAAAAAGAGUGUAUUCGAUAAAUAAAGAGUGAGAAAAACUAUUGAAUAGUCUACAUAACAAAUCAGAGAACAAUAGAACUCAGAGGGAAUUAGAAAAGCUGAAUCAUAAUUUAUUACAUCAUCAGAAAAUACACAAGAAUAUUAAGAAUAAUAAAUACAAAAUCAAAAUGAAUAACAGGAGAAUCACUAAGAAGAACCUGCAUAAGACUAACAAAAUGAAUAUUAAGAAUAACAAUAAUAAGUUGAGGAUGAUUAAGCUAAAGAAUAAUAAAAUGAAUAAGAGUAAUAAUAAUAAUAAGAAUAAUAAGAAUAAUAAUAAUAAGAAUAAGAAUAAUAUUAAUAAUAAGAAUAAUAUUAAUAAGAAUAAUAAUAAGAAUAAUAAGUUAUACCAUAGUAAGAAAAUCAAGAAGAAUCAAAUAAUUAAAAUGAAUAGGUUGAGGAAUCCUAAUAAUAAAAUGAUUAACAUCUUGAUGAACAAUAAGAUAUUUAACAAUAAUAAGAAGCUAAUGAUGUUUAUUGA